AGUAAUUUUCGUCUAACCCUAGCCGAGGCGAGGAAGACCAAUUCCCUCCGUGCGCGAGUCGAUAUAAAAGCGGAGGCAGUUGGCGAAACCGAGAGCUUUCUUGGGGCGAAAACGAAGAAUCCAAACCCAAAGAAGAGGCACAUCCGAAGCUCACAAAUCAAUGGAUCGGUAUCAGAGGGUUGAGAAGCCGAGGGAGGACACGAAGAUCAAUGAGAACGAGAUCCGGAUCACCACCCAAGGGCGGAUGCGUAAUUACAUCACUUAUGCUACGACUCUCCUUCAGGAAAAAGGCUCAAAUGAGAUUGUCUUUAAAGCUAUGGGAAGAGCUAUCAACAAAACUGUCAUGAUCGUGGAGCUAAUAAAGAGAAGGAUUGUUGAUCUUCAUCAAAUUACUGCAAUUGGUUCUACAGACAUAACUGAUACAUGGGAGCCUUUAGAGGAGGGACUACUUCCGCUUGAAACUACUAGGCAUGUGUCGAUGAUCACAAUUACCCUGUCAAAGACAGAGACUGAUAAAGCCUCAGUUGGGUAUCAACCUCCUUUACCCAGGGACCAAGUGAAACCAUUGGUUGAAUUUGAUUAUGAAGGAGAGGGUACCCCUAGUGGGCGAGGAAGAGGUCGUGGUGGUCGCAGAAGAGGAAGGGGUAGAGGAAAUGGUAACAUGGUAAUGGAUUAUGGUGAUGGAGAAUGGGACAAUGGGGGUCGUGGGUAUGGUGGUAGAGGUGGUAGGGCCCGUGGUAGAGGUCGUGGUUUCCGUGGUCGCGGACGAGGAGGCUAUGGGGGAUGGAGUGAGCAUCCACAAGAGAAUGGUGGCUACAAUGGCGGUUAUGAUGAAUUUGAAGCUCCCAAUCCUGGUCAAGGGAGAGGGCGCGGGCGUGGGCGUGGUCGAGGUCGUGGUAGGGGUCAAAACCGAGGAAGAGGUCGUGACUAUAGAUCGAACGGACCAAAUGAACCGAUCCAUGCAGGUAAUGAAGGGGCAUAAAUGAAUUACCCAUGAAGAAUGCAAGACUCUGCCUCAUUGUGUGUCGGAUGCCUCCUUUGUGCUUGGUCUUUAUUGUUACGGAGUAUCUUCUCUGUAAUAUUAGCUCCUCUUUAACACUUUGCACCCCUAUUACCUUGUAGUGGGCUUCUAUCAAUUUUUAGAUCUAGGUAAUUUCGUAAUUAGAUCAAACUAAUUGUAGCAUCCAUCCAACUUAGAGAACAUUGCAUUCUUUUAUUUAUUUAUUUUCAAAAGGC